AUUUAUUUUCCAUUUUUUAUUUUUGUCACCAGAUGUCGCCCGACAGAAGACGCCACUAGCGGCAAGUAUAAAAUUUCCAUCAGCAGACAGAAACAAGGUCUCUUCUUCUGUUGAUCUUACAUUGAACUCAUCUUGGCACUGCAAGCCCCUCAUCUUUCCAAACUCUAAACAAGACUUUCCUAUGAUGCAUCCCUCAGCUAUGCCACAGCCCAUCUACCCUCGACCUCAAUUGCCCCUGGCCCCCUUACCACUUCUUCCUGCUUACGCAAUGGCAGGUUGUGGCCAUCAGUUUGGUGCUUAUCCUUUUCUGUAUACUAUUGGACAAAUCAAACAAGAAUCUACAAAAGACGUCGAAGUUCCAGGACUAACAUCUCACCUUAACGUCCAACCAACAACAUCCAAUAUUUCAAACGUUGCUAAACACAAAACCUCAAAGUUUGACUUUUCACGACUAGCAGAAUCAGCGACAUCUAAAGACGACGAGACUUUACCCACAGGAGUAGAGAAGCCAGUGGGUUCUCUUCCAGUGAUAACGGGUCACUCCUUUCCAUUUAUUACUCCUUACUAUAGCAUCGGUCCUAUAGGGUAUAAUUCAGGGUUUUAUGAACGGAAGGGUUCCCGUGGUCGAGGGUCAUCAAGACCAAAGAAGGAGUUCAUCUGCAAGUACUGUCAACGUCGAUUCACCAAAUCCUACAACCUGUUAAUCCACGAAAGGACACACACAGACGAAAGACCGUACACGUGUGACAUUUGUCACAAAGCAUUCCGGAGACAAGAUCAUCUGCGAGAUCACAGGUACAUCCAUUCGAAGGAAAAGCCAUUUAAGUGCACAGAAUGUGGUAAAGGAUUCUGUCAGUCUCGAACCUUGGCCGUUCAUAGGAUCCUCCACAUGGAGGACUCCCCCCACAAGUGUCCCACCUGUGGACGAAGCUUCAACCAGAGGAGCAACCUGAAGACCCACCUACUUACACACACCGAUAUCAAGCCCUACAACUGCGGCUCUUGUACUAAAGUCUUUCGUCGGAACUGCGACCUCAGGCGACACAUCCUAACCCACACUCUUGGUAUCCCAGAUCAAGGGGAGGACCUGUCGUCUCCCUCAAACUGCAGCAUACCAGACACAGAACAAGGAGAAAGCUUACCGGGUGACGUAGAAUCUCACGUGCAAGAUAUAUUAGACGUAGAGAAUUGAACCCUCUUGUUAAUUUCGACAGUGUAUAUAGAUUAGGUUUUCGUAAAAACAACAUUAGUUUCAUUACCGGAGAGUAUUCGUUUAUAUGAUGUGUGGUCAAUCAAAGAAAGAAGAUGUGGUUCACAGUGCUUCAUCGAAGGAAAAUCAAAACCUGGAAUUGACUGAACUUUAACGGAAGUUGAUUGAGAAGCUGUGAUGAUUUCAACACUUCACGCAUGCGGAUUGCUUUCGAAUCCUCCAGCAAGAACUUGAUUUUCUCUGUAUAGUUUAUAUCUUUCAUAUAGAUCUAUUGUAAAUUUGUUUUGCUUUCCAUAACUUCAACAGACGUUCAUGGUAAUGUAUGCAUAUGUAUUUAUAAAGGACACCUCUGUAAUUACUUUUAUCAGACCGGUUCUCACUGUAAGACUAAGCGCUGUUAGUAAUGUGCCAAAGAAAACAUCUUACUGUCAUAUUUAACCAGAGUGAGACAGUAGUUUUCUCCACUCUAGCUGCGCUGUGUAAUAAGUGUGUGUUAAUUCUAUAUUUCAUUAGAAACAAUAACGUUCACGCUUCCUUUAGGGUAAUAUUUGUUUAUUGUAGUCAGUAAUUACAGGCAAGAACAGAACCAAAACCUCACAAAGACUCAGUGAAAAUCUGGUGCACGACUAAAGCUGGAAUUAUUAGCUUACGUAGAACUACACAGUAGAAAGAGUUUCUCGUCAACACAGAGAUAAAUGUCUUUUCAGAGGAGCAACUUGAUCCUUUGCUACAAUCGUACCUCAACAAUUGCCUUGUAUAUAGCUUUCUUGUACUUUGGGAAUUAUGUGAAAAAGUCUUAAAUUAAGCAUUUUGUGCAAUGACGUGUACCAUAUAUUCUCAUAUUUUGGCAAAAUAAACGGUCUGCUUUUAUUGAAUGUA